AAAGUAUUCAGAUUUUGGAAAACAAAUUAAUUAUGGAAUUAUUGACUCCAGCUUUUUAUUAAAAUAUAUUCACAGAAAUAAUUUAUAUUUAUAUAUUCUUGAAGGUGGCGCUGGUGAUGGAUUCUACAGUAAUGGACGUUGCAACACACAGUUUGGUGGAGCCUAUGGGGUUGGCGGGGAAGGAGGAAGUCGUUUAGCUCAUGGUGGAGGAGGUGGUCGUGGGAAGCGCAAUAAUGCUGUCGGAGGAUUUGGAGGAGGUAGGGGUGUAUACGGAUUAGGUGGAGAUGCCGGCCGGGGAGGAGGAUAUUCCGGUGGAGCAUCAGGUGAAAAUGUGUUUAAUUCGUGUGGAGCAGGAGGUGGAUCUUUCAACAGUGGAAAGAAUCAG